ACUUCAGAACAUAAGAGCUGUGUCUUCGAUGAUUAAGACUCUCAUAGCUCUUCAGGUUAAUUAACUGAUAUUUCCAGCUGUUAUAUUCAUGUAGUUAAUUUAUCUACAACAGAGAAAGUGAGUUCUGAUAAAAGUGGCAGAAGAAAAGGUGAUCUGACCACGGAUUACGAACGCGCUCAAAACAAUUUAGCCAACAGCCACGUUUCAUAUGACGCUUACUGCACUCGGUAUCGCAUACACGCGCAGAGCAGAUAAUUACCUUCGUGCAGAGAGCUAUGUUUUUAUUCAUCUUAAGUAAUAAGCAAUACUUCCAGUGGUAGAUUAAGGAAACAUUUACAAAACAGAAAAACUACAUAAGGACAUAUUGGAAAACUGAAUUCUCAAGAUUUAUUCAUAUGUGACCUGUCUAAAGCAAGGAAGUAAAAAACCGAAAUUUUAACAUGCGUGUUGCGAAGUGGCUUUUAGUGAAGGAGUAUCAGACAGAACCACUUAAAUAUUUAUCAGAGAUCCUACAACCCAUCAUAAUUUCGUCGCUUGAAUUACAAGAAGAAUGGCGUCAUUAAGAAAGUAUGCGUUGUGUCCGUACAGUUUGCUUGUUUUACUUUGUCUGGAGAUUCACACCUCUACAAGCGUCAACCACAAUAAAACCAUACAAAAUUACCACCAAAGGGCUUCCAGUUCAACAAGGGUCACGAGUCGCCCAAAUCUCCACCAUCGUGUCGUAGGGCGCCACGUAUGUUUGCACAACAAAGUUGUUACGAGACCAGUAAAGCACGUGGAUUCCUACUGUAAACCUAUCUACAAGACUUAUAGGCACUUAUGUGAGAAAAAAGAGUACCGUUUUUGUACUUCGUACAAAGUGGUGUACGAAAGAGCUUAUCGGUCAGUUUAUAAGAUCGCUACCCAGACUGAGAGAAUUUAUGCUUGUUGUCCAGGGUGGACCCAAAUAUCGCCAGCUUCUCAUGGAUGUAUGAAAGCUCUUUGCACUCGACCCUGUCGCAAUUCCGGAAAAUGCACUAAGCCAGGCUAUUGCUCGUGCCCUAAAGGUUGGACAGGCACAUUUUGUGAAAUAGAUGUUAACGAGUGUGAACAAGAUGAAAACGUAUGUGAUCACCAGUGUAUCAACACCCUUGGUAGUUACCGCUGUGGCUGUCAUAAAGGAUUCAAACUACAGUCGGAUGGCAGAUCCUGCAAAAUAAGUUUGAAUCGUGUUCCUGAAUAUCAAGAAUUUCUGCAAGUAUACGAAGAACUGACGAAAAAGGUCAUGAAAAUGGAAAAGAUUCAAGAAAAACGAAACUUUACAAGACUUGAGAUUCAACUGGAAAGCCUUGCAAACAAAAUCUCGUCUUUACAGAAGGAGUCUCUUUCAGUUUCCACGACAACUCCUCCUUCCCUAAACGACAGACCUAAUAGCGUUGGCGAAAAUUAUCUGUACGGAUCGCCGUGGGAUCGGAUCAGUUCUCUCAGUGAACAGAUCUCAAUACUGGAGGAAAGGCUAGAGGGGUGUACUUGCAAACAACAACGAAGACCACCCCAAUGAGCAUGCGUCAUGGUUUCAGUGUCUUAAUUGAAGUGAACUUCUACUAUUAAAAGUCACAACAGGUUUUUUAUUCUUACAACAAACGAACCCUUGCUGUUUUCGUGAUGGAUGUUUAAUACAGUGUACUUUCUGAAGGUGGACAAAAUAGCAUUACUACGUUCCUUACCCCCCCAAACCCCCAAAAAUUCCAAGUAUGUUUUUCUUGAAUUACGAAUUAAAGUGAAAUGUUUUAUGA